GAUUUCAUUGCGCUUUUAUAGAUUGGAUUUUGGAUUUAUACGUAAGUGUUAUAAGAAAUUUAUGUAGCAAAGAUAUCAAAAAACUUUAUGACCAGUAUCGAGGUACACCUUUUACACCUUUAAGAAAAUCGACCAAUCAAAUUCACGGAACUGAUUAACAAGCCAACCAAUGAGAGGACGAUGUAUACGAUUGACAGACCAUUAAUACAAUAUAUAGAAAAGAUUUCACUUAAAACAGAUUUUCGUUGGUGUCAAUGAAAGACGAUAUCUCUACGUAACCAACACAAUGUGAUUUGAUGUCGUGUAUACAGGAUUCUAAAUAUCAACUCGAGUGAUCUUGCGUUUAAAUUAAUUUACAUAGUUUGUGAUUUUUGUUUUUGAAAACAACAGUUCUUGGAAUAUUUUUCGGAUUUAUUAUAAAUCGGCCAUGAAGCUUCUUCCACCCUUUAGUUCAAUCUGUUCGUUUGCUUUUAUAAUUCUUUUUAUAACCUCUCUAACGCACGCCUGCGGCCCGGGGAGAGGGUCCGGGAGUCGCCGGAAAGCCAAGAAACACACUCCUCUUGUUUUUAAACAGAAUGUUCCGAACGUUUCGGAGAAUUCCCUUGGUGCAAGUGGGAUGAGUGAGGGUAGGAUUAAACGCGAUGAUGCCAAGUUCAAAGAUUUAGUUAGAAAUCAUAAUGCCGAUAUAGUGUUUAAAAACGAAGAAGGCGACGGUUCUGAUUACUAUAUGACAAGGCGAUGCCAAGAUAAACUCAAUUCCUUGGCUGUCAGUGUGAUGAACAACUGGAAAGGAGUUAUGUUACGAGUGACGGAAGCGUGGGAUGAUAACAAUUCCCAUGCUAAAGAUUCCCUCCAUUACGAGGGACGAGCUGUUGACAUAACAACGUCAGAUAAAGACAGGGCUAAAUAUGGUAUGUUAGCACGUCUGGCAGUAGAAGCCGGUUUUGAUUGGGUGUAUUAUGAAUCACGUGGUCAUAUACACUGUUCAGUAAAAUCAGAUUCAUCGGUUGCCAUUAAAAUAGGGGGAUGUUUCCCAGGUACGGGAGUUUUACAGACAGAAACAGGCUGGAAAACCAUGUCACAAGUAGUAGCCGGGGACAGUGUUUUAAGUAUGAAUAGCAAUGGGAAAUUAGAAUACAGUCCAGUUAUAGCGUUUAUAGACAGAAAUGAACGGGAGUUGGAACGGUAUAUCACUCUUCAUACGGAAGAUAAAAAAGACAUUACGUUAACAUCUAAACACCUCAUUUACAUGUCGACAUCAAACGUCACAACCGAUGACGUAACAGACUCUUUUAAUGUGGUGUAUGCCGAUGAUGUCAUAGAAGGCGAUUACGUCUUAGUUACGUCAGAUCCGGUAGGGGAGGUAAUUAAACCCACGAGGGUUUUGACAAUAAGUGAACAUACUAUACAGGGUGUGUAUGCACCUCUAACUUUGAACGGCAAUAUAGUUGUCGACGGUGUGGUGGUUUCCUGUUACGCCGUGGUUUCCAACGCUAAUUUAGCCCACGUUGUGUUCGCGCCAGUGAGAGGACUCCACGUUUUAUCUCAAUACGUACCCUGGCUAGCGCCAUCAACGCACCACCAAAAUUUUACACAGAAUGGAGUACAUUGGUACGCUAAGCUUCUUUACAACAUAGGUUCAACGUUUUUAAGCGCAGAGACGCUGCAUGUACCCUGAGGAAUAAACCAUUACCUCAAAUUGUAAAAUCGGACUUGUCUACGAGGUGGACGCAAAGGGCUAGUCACAUAUCGUCUGAAUAAUAAACCAAGGGCGACACAAGGGAUUAUCUCCCUUUCUUGUUACCUCAUCAAAAAGCUUUAACUUUUUAUUCCCUUAUUUGGGAGUUAUGUAAAAUUGUAAAUCUCUGUUGCUUUCGUAUAUUUGACGUAAUCGAGAUCCGUGGACAGAUUUACUGUUGCGUUGGAAAGAUAUUUGUUUAUCUCUGUGAUGAGUGCUAAGAUGAAAACGAUGAUAUUUCAUGGACACGAGACAAGGAACGACAAUCAAAUUGAUUGGCUAUAACCCAAAAAGAAUAAAUGACGUCACAAAGUAUGUGAAAUUCAAAUGUGCAAAAGGACGCCAUUUUGUUUUUUAUUAGUGUAUAGAGAUGAUACUGUGAAUAAUGAACCAGAUAUUUACUCUAAUAGUCUCAACAACCUAUGAUACAACAAUUAACAUGCGAUAGAGAUAUCAAGAUAUUAUAAAACUUGCUAUAUUCUUGAUAUCAUUAAUAAUCUAUAGCUACAUAAUAUGUGUAUUUUUGUAAGUGGAAAUUUGAGUGUAAAUGCUUUGUUAAAUAUUACAUAAUAUCUAUAAUUAUUCGUUAAAAUAUUAUCAUGUUCAUUUUAAGCUUCAAAUGAUCUGAUAAGGAAAAUCAGUGAUCUGAAAUUAAUUAACCCUGGAUUUUAAAAAAUAUAGGGAUUUCAAAUUAAAGUUUGACGGAUUUAAGGCGUUGUUGCAUUUCACGCAUAAUAGGAAAUGCUUUUCUUUUUUAAAUUAUGAAAACCCUUUAAAAUAUUCUAUAGAAAUUUGUUGAUCGGCUAUUGAUUUGUGUUUGUUAUUGAAAAUGAUAAUUAAUUUGAGCUAUUUUGAAUUGGCCCCCUAAAAAUAUUACUUUUUCUAAGGUUCAUAUUUAACAGAAGCCAUGGCUGUUUUUUCCUCGCACAAUAACACGCGUUAUCCUGUAUGGCUUUAAGUGUUUUCGGGUAGAAUUUGUCUACAAUUAUAUGUCGUUUUAUUUUUCGAUUCUUGGAUCUUGGUUUUUAUUUUUGUAAAGCUCAUAAACCGAAGCUACAAUUGUGAUUUCUACAUGUUGCAUGUUUCUUUUGAUUUUCUCGGUCAUCAAGUAACAGGUUACUAACAUAUCCCAUAAUUAUCUUCUUUUUUUAAAAAAAAAAAAAAACCCAAACAAACACAAAACACACAGUAAUCUCCCUUACUUGUGAACAUAUAGAAAAACACAGCGGUUGUGAUUACGUCAUACUAUUAGGUUUCGCUUUAUUUGUUGGAUGAAAGUUUAUGUUGGUGUAUUUUGUGCGAGUCUGUGAUUAUAGCUGCUUUGUGCGCAUGCGCGGACUCACAACAACGUCCAAACUCUGGAGGCCUUUAGAUGUAUCGUUGUCGAGCUUUUGUAAUCGCUGUAAAUAGUUUAUGACGUCAUUUGCCCAUCCUAGUGCUGUUUGAUGUAAUCAAAGUCUUGGUCAAUUUGUCACACUUAUGUAUCUAUAUACAUAUAUAUAGUCCAUCGGCCAAGCGCCUCACAUUUCGAAAGUACUGUUCUUUAGCUUCCAGAAAAUGUAUGUAUUGGGGUCUUUUCACAUGUAUAUAGUACCUAAUGGAAACGGUUGUACGAAAUUAAAGAUACAUUAUAUAAGAUUUAGAAAAUAGAUAAUGCAAAAUCAAUCUAUUGAAAAUUUCAUUCAAAUUGCUCCAUUGCGAGAGCAGAUAUUAGCUUUUGAAGGUUUGACAAGACGUGUGCGUAGCCUCGCUUCACCAUUUUUAGAUUAAAUCAAAAUAUGGCCGAAUCGUUCUAAUUUACUUAAUAUCGGAGAUAUCCGAUGGCAUCGGGAGUUGAUUAUGAUCUUGUCAUGUUAAUAAAAGUUUAAUUAAUAGUUUAUAUGACAUUUCAGGCCUAAAGAAAGACCUGCAAUAGGCAGAUUUGACCCUUGCAUAAUGUAUGUUUAAGCAGUAUACAUGUAUCGAGAUUCAAUAGUAUCCCAUUUUCCAUUCCAAAUCAGGUAAAAUUCCCAGACGAUUGGGGCAUCUGUAAUAUUGCUUCAAUCUCGGGGCCUUGGUCAGUUUUGUUUACAGGACAAUUCUCAUUAUUUUAAUUACAUAUUGCCACUACUCUGACCUGAUUUGGAAUUGAAAGUUUUGUAAUAUUUAGUUUAUGUUUAAUUUAUCUUUACUGUUGCAUUUUCUUCAAUAAUUUCCAUAUAAGGCGAUAUUGCUAUAUAUGUAUGUGAUAAGUCUCCCAGUACGACCACGCCCCCCCCCCCCCCCCCAAAUCAAACCAUAUAAUUACAGAAAGCUGGGGAAAAUAACUUUCUGAUGAAACCACACGAAAGCUAAAACUCUUUUGAGAAAUGGCUGGCGAACAAUCUGAUAAUCGGAUUAAAACACAGACAGAUCCUAUUUCGUUUCGUUUUAUAUAGUUCAAAAUUUCGUUUUACUUGUGGUUACUACACUAAGAUUUGGAAGAGUUGUUAUAUUACCUGUGUUCUGGUUGAAGUGAGGGAUUAGUCAAUGAAAUGGUCUGUCACGGCGAGUUCUUGGCGUUUGAUGCACGGAACUAUGGGUAAACCACUAGAAACGUCAACGCUGAUUGGUUAAUCAAUGUGUAACGUCAUAGGGCCAAAAGCCGCUCGUAGGACCCCUGAAGCGACCUUCUAGUACAACUGGUCAGAUCUUCAUGUGGUAGAGGCUAUCGAAACUAUAAAAAAACGAAACGGAAUAUAGAUUUUUAUUUUAUUCAGAUUGGCUGAUGGACUAAUAUUAAUAUUUGGAAUAUUAUGUUAAAAGAGGCUUAUAUUUGGUGUUUAUGAAUAUAUAAUAUUUAAUAGCAUUCUCUGGGCAGAAAGCUUCGAGAAUAUUGUUUAAUUGUUAGAUUCUUUAUUGACUCCUUUAAAAAAUAUCGCAUUCUGAUGUUAAAUAUUUUUAAUUCAAUUAUAUAGAAAUAGUAUUCCCGUUGAUUUUGUAAAGUUCGAUUUUUCCCCCUACGUACUGACCACUGUUUUAGUUUUAAAUAAAGUCUAUGAAAUGUUAAAUAAAUAUUUUCAACCGUGAAAAUAUUACAAUUUCAUCUUGCCAAAAUACUAAUAUAAUAAUAUACGUGCAUGUUCUUUGUAAAUUAUUCUUUGCCAAUGGUCCAAACAUCCGGUAUCACUGUUUGUGACGUUCUGCCUUUCUGUGCUUGUUUUUUUCUAAUGCUUAUAUAUAUAUACCCCCCUCCAGUACAUUGCUCUUGAUUAAACCAAAGAUAUUAUUAUUGAAUGUAAAAAACAAAACUUUUAUGUGUUUCCAUAAUCAUUUCAAGAAUAACCAUGUGAACUCAGUUAGCACUCAAUUUCAAAUAAGAAACUUAUUACAUUAGUAAACUCAGUGAAAACUCAAUUGCAACUAAGUAACCAAGUAAACUCAAUGAACACUCAAGUUCAAUUAAGUAAACAGUAACCAAGUAAACUCAAUGAAUACUCAAGUUCAAUUAAGUAAACAGUAACCAAGUAAACUCAAUGAACACUCAAGUUCAAUUAAGCAAACAGUAACCAAGUAAACUCAAUGAACACUCAAGUUCAAUUAAGUAAACUCAAUGAACAUUCAAGUUCAAUUAAGAAAUUUAUUACAUUACUAAACAGUAAACCAAUUAAAAUCAGUCAGCACUCAAUUUCAAGUAAACUCGGUCAGAACUCAAUUUCAAGUAAACUCAGUCAGAACUCAAUUUCAAGUAAUCUCAGUAAGGAACUUAUUGCAUUACAGAAUCUGCAUGAUUUCAAAUAAAGGACUAUUCAUAGUGCAUGUUACAAUGGUAUUUUCCAUUUAGAUAGUGCAUGUUGGAAUGGUAUCUAAAACGUUCAUAUUAUAAUAUCUAUGAAUCUUUAACUAACAUUGAAGUAGUGGCGGGUGCCGUGUGCCAAGCAGAGUAUCGUUAUGCUACAUUUUCUUCAACACUUAUUGUAUAUGAUUUAAAACGACACAAACACAAAGUAUUGUUAGCCAUGGGAAUGCCCAAUUGAACGAGCAGCGGUAUCAACAAAUUUGUUCAGUGCAACUACUUGAACACCUCGAAUGAGAAGUAGUACCAGGUGUUUUAGAACGAGUAAGCAUACCGUACCUCGUACAUGUCACCCGUCAGUAUAAACUAAUAUGUGUUAAGUCUCAGUCUUUGUCUUACAAUCUU